AUGGCGACAGAAUCCCCCUCCCCCGCCCCCGAAAUGCCCCUCGAAAAAGGCGAGCUCUGCCACCUCCUCCCGCCCUCCUGGAAACCCCAAAUCACUGCCUGGCUAGCCGAAGACACGCCCUCCUUCGACGUCGGCGGCUUCGUAGUAGGUGACGUCCCCCGCACGGCCAUCCUCUGGGGAAAAUCCGCCGGCAUCCUCGCCGGCGUGCCCUUCUUCGACGAAGUCUUCAAGCAGUGCGGGUGCACUGUGACGUGGCACCUGCCCGAGGGCUCGCGCAUCGACACGAGCGGAUCGGGACCGGAGCCGACGGGGAAGAUGAGGAUCGCUACUGUCGAGGGCCCCGCGAGGGGGAUUUUGUUGGGGGAGAGGGUGGCGUUGAAUUUGUUGGCUAGGUGUUCGGGGGUGGCGAGUUAUAGUCGCGGGUUGUUGUUGAAUCUGAGGGGGGCCGGGUAUACGGGUAUUCUUGCGGGCACGAGGAAGACUACGCCCGGGUUCAGGCUGGUCGAGAAGUACGGCAUGCUUGUCGGGGGGGCUGAUACGCAUCGUAUGGAUUUGAGCUCUAUGGUCAUGCUCAAGGAUAACCACGUCUGGAGCAGGGGAAGCAUCACGGAUGCCGUGACGGCUGCGAGGAGUGCUGCGGGGUUUAGCGUGAAGAUCGAGGUUGAGGUGCAGUCGGAGGAGGAGGCGGAUGAGGCUAUUGCCGCGGGCGCGGAUGUUGUCAUGUUGGAUAACUUUACGGGGGCGGGCGUCAAGGCCGCUGCGAAGAGCUUGAAGGAGAGGUGGGCUGGGAAGAAGCAUUUCCUGUUGGAGGUUUCGGGCGGCUUGAGGAUUGAUAACGCUGAGCAAUAUGUUACGCCUCAUGUCGACAUCCUCUCGACGAGUUGCAUCCACCAGGGCGUUCCCCACGUCGACUUCUCUCUCAAGAUUCAACCUCCGCAGGCGUAA